AUGAAUUUCACAAUAAAUGAAAUACGGAAAUCGGGGACUCAUACAGAAGAAGAACUCAAUCAACUAACAUUGGAUGAGAACAUGGGGGAGUUGAGAAGAGCACAAUACAUUCUUUAGAGAGGUCAUCCAAUUUAAAAAUAUGCAAUUUACUCAAACAUCCACAGGCUAUUUAAAGUGAGUGGAUUUAGUUUAUUAUUUCCCAUAAUUAACGAGGAUUUGGUGAAGUAAGACGAAGACACAAUUGCAAUAGCCACAAAGGAAUUUUUGUUGAUUGCAAGGUAGAUGAAAGAGAAGGAGUAACAGAUAUUGCUUAAUCAAACAUUUCAUUUUAUGAAGAAUUACAAUUUGAAAUUGGCAGAAGGAUGGUUUGAGUUAUUUGAGAUGUUGUAUUGUUGCGACAUUCACAAUUCAAUUAAAUUGAUAAAUGAGUUAACCGAUAUUGAGGCUGACACACAUUGGCGUUAGAGAGGAGCUCGACUGCUACAGUAUAUACCAUAGAUCGAGAGAAUACAAUUACUUUGUAUGGACAAGGAUCCUCAGGUAAGGUUUGAGAUUGUGAAGACAAUAUAGAUUGUUUACUGUAGUUUUACUCCUGAGAAGUUUAGUACUUAUUUGCAGAUGAAGAUUUUUGAGUUGAUUUAUGAUUAUGAAGUACAAGUAAGGAUGGCAGCAAUUGAGAUGUUUUUUAUGGUUUAAUCUCAUUUAUAAGAUAGGGAAAAAAUGAUUACAAAAUAAUUCUUUGAAUUCCUAAGUUCCCAGAAUGUAUAAAUUAUAACAAUAAUGUCAAGAAUAUGUGGGAAAGUAUUAAUGGAAAUCAUGGAUGUAAAACCUGAUAUUUAAAAAUUUCUAAAAGUGUUCAUUUCAUUUGCUGAAAGCACAAAUGAGGAAUAUCGAAUUAACUUUGCCUACAAUUUUCCUGCCAUUCUUCAAAUCCUAAAGGGAGAAUGCUAUGAUUAACUAAAAGAAACUUAUUUACGAUUGUUACAAUUUGAUACAUCGACUCAAGUUAAGAACUUACUCCUGGCAAGCAUCCCAGAUGUGAUCUCUACCUUGAAAAUUCAUAAGACUCAAUCAAUGAUACCUUUGAUUCGUAAAAUGCUAGAUCAUCCAAUAAUAUAAUACAAUCUAUAUUCAAUAAUCUAUGCUCUUUGGCCAAGCUAUGAUUAACAGGAACAAUUGAUUCUAUCAAAAAUGUUGGUGAAUGAUAUACUCAUAGACUUAGUGAAAUAGGUUAAUUGUAAGCCCAGUGUUGUACUGCUAGAGUAAUUACUAAAACUUCACGAGUUCUUCCAAUAAUGCGAUGCUUACCUGUUAUUGUUGACUCCUCUUUUGAAUUUAUUGUCGGCAGAUUCCUUAAAUAUUAGAAACUUGGCAGUUCAGAACAUAGCUUAUCUUGCAUAUCAUGAUCAAUCCAUAAACAGUCAAAUGAUUAACUUGUGUAUGAAUAGUAACAAGUUCAGAAUGCGUAUCUGUUACAUAGAAUUCAUAUCUUAAACUAUUGAUCUAUGUUCUAAGAGAUAUUUCCAUCUAAAUAAUUUUAUCAACAUAUUGGCACUCAGUCAAGAUAAGAUCUUCGAAGUUCGUAUUAAACUCAGUCGUAUCAUGAAAAAGAUAUAAACGAUCAUUUUAGAUAAUGAUGAGACUGCGUGCAUUGCUUAUGAUUAAGCUAUUAAACGGCUUUCACGUGAUCCAAUCAUCAAUGAUAUUCUUAAGUAGAAUGAAUCAUUGUAAUUUUCCUUUGGAGAUGAUUUGCUAAAAGAAUAAAAAGAACAUUUGUGUUUUGCUAGGAUUUCAGCUGAUGAUAUUGAUGCUACUGAAAAAAAUGAACACACUGGAUCCAUUUCACCAUUUAUUAUUAAGUCUAAGAAUGGAUAUGGACAUAGUCGAAAACGAUCAUCAAUCACUCGUCAACCCAUCAAUAGAUCUUAACCAAAUGCUUCCUUUACUUAAAAACUUACUCAAAUUUAAACUAAAUACAAUCCUAUCAAAAUUUCUGAAGACAUGAGUCGUAGAACCUCUGUUCCUCCUGUUCCUGGUCGAAAAUUACAACUCGCUUUAAAACCAACCAAUACUCAAUUCAAACCCAAAUUAAACUAAUAACGAUUGAGAAAAUGA